UUUAACUCCCACCACCUCAAAAACUGCAAGCACACGACCACCGUCUCCACCACCAGUUCACCACCGCCUCCCUCUCCGCUCUCUUCCUCCCAACGACUCAAACCGCCACCGUCGCGCGCGGCUCCCUGAACCACCAAACCAACGCUGCUGCUGCUGCUGCAGAGAGGGGGCGGGCGCGAUGGGCAACUGCCAGGCGGCGGAGGUGUCGGCGGUCAUCAUCCAGCACCCCGGCGGGAAGGUCGACCGCCUCUACUGGUCCACCACCGCCGCCGAGGUCAUGCGGAACAACCCGGGGCACUACGUUGCGCUCGUCAUCCUCCGUGUUCCUGCUGAUAAUAGCAAGCCCGCCGCCGGGGACGCCGGGGCGGCGUCCUCCGGCGGUGGCGGCGGCGCCAAGAUCACCAGGGUCAAGCUGCUCAAGCCCAAGGACACGCUGCUCCUUGGCCAGGUCUACCGCCUCAUCACCGCGCAAGAGGUGACGAAGGCGCUGCGGGCGCGGAAGAACGAGAAGAUGCAGCGGUGCGAGGCCAUCAGGCAGCAGCACGAGCAGCUCCGGCGCGGCGACGACGGCGCGGACCAGAGCUCUUCCAACCAGGACGGGAAGCAGGACAAGGACCGGCACCGGGGAAGAGGCCGGAACUGGCGGCCGGCGCUGCAGAGCAUCUCCGAGGCCGCGAGCCAGAGCAGCAGCAGCGUCUCUGAAUCCGCCGCCAGCUAGUGCUACUGACCGGACUGUGCCAUCCGGCCGGCCGGCGCUCUCUUUCUUUUUUCUUUUUCUUUUUUUUGGAUUUCUGUUUGCUUGCUAGUAGUAUAAAGUGCUUGAGCCUAGCCAGAAAUGAAAAAAAAAACUGUAAAUCAGAGUGUCAGAGCAGGAUCAAUAGGAAGUUUGUUUCGUCUCUCAUGUGGUUUGGCAUGGUGAAACUGAAACUAGAAGAACUGCGUAUUCAGAUCAAUCGUGUGGUUUGCCAAUUGCAA